UCUUCCCUCCAUUGCCUCGACCUGUCAUUCGCUCUCAUUUCGCAGUAGCCCAUUCUCCAAGCUCCACAAUCUACUCUGCAAAUCCAACAUUUAGAUUCUUAUAAACAAUUACACUAAUCAACUAAUAGUUUCCGGUCUUCAACGCUCAAUUGGAUGUGAUUUUUUUUUCUUUUCCGGCGUCUCGUACAACGCCUUGAGAUGAAAGAACUGCUUAAGGAUCAGACUUUUGCAACGCAUAUGGUUGCUGGCACAUGGUCUGUUGUGUUGGGCACUGCUUUGACUUACCCACUUGAUACUCUUAAAGUCCUUUUGCAGGUGAGUGCAGAUGCCAAUACUCGACCGACCACUUCUCAGGUCCUUCUCAAGGUUCGCACUUUAUCAGGCUAUUCAGGUUUGUACAAUGGUCUUGGGUGGUUGGCAGUGGGACGAGUGUUAGGUGUUGGUACUCGUUUCGGCAUUUAUGAACUAUUGACUUCAUUCUACAAAGAUGGUCGAGAAGACAAUUUUGUGUAUGUCGCUGAGGCUUUAAUGGCAGGAAUUGUUGCUGGGGCUGCAGAAUCAUUCGUAACUUCCCCAUUUGAGCUUGUCAAACUUCGUGCUCAGGUCAGUUCUGCUUAUCGAAUUCGAGGCACUGCAUUAGACAUUAAAAGCGAUGCUGCUUCUCCUUUAAUUGGGAGACUACUACGUGGAUAUUCCCCAAAUAUGAAGGCCUUGAACAAUUCUGUUGGUCUUCUCUCUGUUCUGGCUAAAAAACACCCCAAUUUGGGUAAUGCCAUGAAAGAAUAUCCAUGGAUGAUGAGUGGGUAUGGGAAACCUCCCUCUAUUUGUCAUGUUAGACGGCCAUCAGAUGUAAUCUCUCUUGAAGGCUGGGGUGCUUUGUGGAGACGAGUGAGGUCAGGAAUCAUCCGAGAUUCUGUUUUUGGUGGCAUAUUCUUUUCAAUCUGGCAACUCCUACACGAAACAAUGCUCGAUUGGAAAGCUGUUAAGAUGACUCCCAUACCUAGGCUUGAUGAAGAUGUAGGCCCAUUGUCUCCUUUAUCUGUUAGUCUUGCAGCCGGAUUUUCUGGUUCAGUUGCUGCUGCUGCUUCCCAUGUAUUUGAUACUGCAAAAAGUCGUGAUCAGUGCAAUGUUGUGCCUAAGCAUGUAUACAUGGAGGAAAAGUUUUUCAAAAUGGGACUUCCUGGCAAGGAACUUGACAGAUGGACUGGAAUUCAUCCAGCAGACCGAAAAAUACUGUAUCGUGGCAUUUUCUUUCGGAUGGCACGCAGUGGAGUUGCAUCAUUCGUGAUUGUAGGAAGUUACUUUUUAACGAUUGAUCAACUAUUCUCUUGAUUCCAGGAGUUCCACAGCUGCAGAACAGAUCAAAGUGCUUUCUUAAAAGGUGGAGAUGGAAGAAUGAAGUUUGCUUUCAAUUGCAUUCUUCUGUACUAUACAUAUGAAUUGAAGAUUUCCUUCUAGGGGGUUUAGUGUAGUUGUACAAAUCUAAAGGAGAAAGUUUCUCCUUUAGAGUACAAUGUAGUACCAUAAUAUAUGACAUUAUCUGAAGAAAAAGAAAAUGAAAAAACUUGAUGAACAAGUUGAGAUUGGGCCAGGAGCAUAUGUUUGUUAUGUAUGCAAUGAUAGUGGCAUUUCAAUUUGAUUUGAUCAAAUUCCCAAUUCAAGCAAAACCAUUUCUUGAUGAGGAAACCAACAACAGACAUAUGGUAGGGGAUGUUGCUUCCUUUGCUCACAAUUAUUUUUGUUUUAUUUAUCUAUUUAUUUAUCUUUUUGAGCGAUGAGGGAAACCCACAGCCACUACCCAAGAAUAUGCUUUGGUUAAACCCGCCUUGUAACCUUAGCUUGCAAAAGACCACAAUGAAGUAAACAAUACUAGGCAAUUUUCCAUAAUUGA